CUUCUUCAUUAUGUGUAUGCACGCAUUUUCUCAAUUCGAGUGGGGAUUUGCUGCUUGGGGCUUGCCUCUCUCUGCCUGGCUCCUUAUAGUGGCUGAGUGGUACGGACAUCGCCGCCAGAGACCACAAAUACGCAGCUCUCCAUUUAAACAAGGUCCCAUGAUCGACAACUCUUUCAAUCAGUUGUCCAGUCGUGGAGGAUCAAGGCAAACACACGUCCUUCAUCACUUUAAGCAAGAGCUCACGGGGUCAUAUUGGGGAUGCAGGUGAACAUUACUGGACUAAAGAUAUCUCACUGAGCAAGACAACAGAGUUUUCAGACACUUCAAUCUGACAUCAUGCAUCAGCUGUUUGUGACUUCCCUCUUCGUCUGUCUGUGGCUGAUGGAGCGCUGCCAUGGCAACAGUCGCUUGAGCAGCAGCCUCAGUGAUCUACAUACACAGUUUGGUGUUGGCCUCUACCAAACACUCACACAGACAGAUAACAACUCCAACCUGAUUGUGUCUCCAGCCAGCAUCUCGUUGUGCCUUGGGCUUCUGCAGCUCGGGGCCAGGGGAAACACUCGAGCACAGCUUGAAGUAGCUCUUGGCUAUGACGUGAAUGACGUUCAUGUGCAGGACAUACUUUCUCAUUCACAAGAAAACCUGGGGAAUUCCAGUAAGGGAGUGUGGCUUCAGUUUGCCAAUGCCUUAUUUGUCCAAAGUGGUGUAAAACUCCUGCCAGAAUUUACCCAGCAUGCACUGGAAUGGGGUAACAGUAGUCUACUGAGUGUAAACUUCAGCGAAUCAAACCACACGCAUGCUCAGCUACAGCAAUGGGCACAUUACCACAGUAAAGCUGAUGACAAUCUUCAGAUAAGACAGGUGCAUCCGCAAUCCGGUGAGCCCAUGGAAGAAGUCCACAGAAAAGACACAGUGCCUCACAUGGCUCUUUUGAGCACAGUGGUGUUUCAUGGUGCUUGGCAGAAACAAUUUCACCUCACUGAGACUCAGAAACUGCCGUUCUUUCUCUCAGAUGGCAGCACAGUCAAAGUGCCAAUGAUGUACCAGUCAACCGAAGUCAACUUUGGACAGUUUCGCCUGUCUUCAGAGCAGCAGUAUACAGUUCUGGAGCUUCCGUAUCGGGAUCGAUCACUUAGGCUGUUGCUGGCAUUGCCGAGUGACCGGAAAACACCUCUAUCGCAGCUGGAAUCUCAGCUUACAGCCCGCACUGUGGAAUUGUGGGAUAAUGGGUUAAGGCACACUAAGAUGGAUGUAUUUUUACCCAGGUUUAAGAUGGAGAGCAGAUUUAAUCUAAAGCCUGUUCUUCAGUCUCUUGGUAUCUCUGAUGUCUUCAGUCCAUCAGCUGCAGAUUUUAAAGGAAUUUCAGAUAGAGAAAGGCUUUUUGUAUCCGAGGCUUUUCAUGAGGCAAGAAUAGAUGUGACAGAAGAAGGGACAAAAGCAGCAUCAACCACAGCAAUGGUGCUAUUGAAAAGAUCUCGUUCAGCAGUUUUUAAAGCAGAUCGACCAUUUCUGUUCAUCUUAAGACAGAUCAGCACAGGUAUAUGCUAUACAUUGUUCAUUAUUGUUUAUAGGUCGAGUUUUAAAUCCAUCUGAGAUGCCUUGAGAUUUCUGCAAACUGCUUCAAGUAUAGUACCUAACUCCCAUAAUCUUCCUGAAAUACGUUCAGGGGUUCAAUGGAAUAUCCGAGGACCAUAAGGGGGUCGGUCUACUGACAAUUAAGAAGGAGGGACAUGACUUUCUGUACAUAUCUGUAAAUAAAAUUUUAUUA